UUAAAUUGUUUUAAGGUGACGUCAUUAACCGUUACUUUGAUAUGUUGUUUUGCCUUGGGCGGAAGUGCUUAAAAUUGUUGAUGUAUUUGUUUAUUGAUGUUUUCCAAUGGAAAGUAGAUCAUAAUCGAAACGUUAUUACUACUGUGGACAAUGUCACUAUCACACUGGGAUAAGAUAAAAUAUGACCAAUAUGAUAACACCAAACCGGACCGGAACCAUGCUCUUGCGGAAGGAGGUCGAAAAGUUACUGUCGAUAAUCCAAAACCGGAAGUGAAACCACACAAUGAAUGGACUCCUUACGCAGGCCCGGUGAUGUGGACAGGACCAGAUGGAACCAGGGAUUUCCGACCAAGACUUUUCAAAGAUUGGCAACCUUUGGGCAUAGGUGAUGUUUCGCCGGAGAAAACUCUGUCGGCGACAUAUAUUAGUCGCGCACUAGACGAUCAGCCAUUUGGAAAACCAAGACGUGAUAUGAUAGGGGAAAUUGGAUGGUUUUAUAAAAAUUAUGGACAUGCAAUUAUACCAAGUUUUCCUGAAUCCAUGGAGAGAUAAAAUGAAUAUAAAGUAUAAUGACUGUGAAACGUGUCAUAGCUAUACUGAUAUUGUUAAAUGUUAUUUUAAAGAGCUAUUAGAGAAAUAUAUACCAACAACGAGUGGCUUUAGGGACAAAUUGAUAUUUGAUUGCUAUAAAAUGUUCUAUUUAAGUAUAAGCUAUCGGGGUCCUUACUCUCAGUACCUGAAAGGGCGGAUGGACCCUCAUUAGGUCUAGAAUACAUACAUACAUAGUAUAAGCUAAAAUUUACGUCUAUCAAAUACCUAAGCCCUGGCGUAUAUAGUGAUAAAAUUUACAACAGAACUAGGCAAACAUCGCUCCUAGAACUAUGGAUGAUAUUUUGGGAUUUUAUUGAUUCAGAUUUUCAGAUUUAAAUUAGUAGGUUGUUUGUAUUUUCUUGAGUAAUAAACUUAUCUUGCCACACAUUUGCAAAUUAUAUACAUGUACUCAAUUAUCUUCCGUGACUUAACUAUUAUAAAAAGAUUCGCCAUUCUGAAUAAAUGUGUUUGAAAAUACAUCAAGACUUGCUUUUCAAAACAUCAAAACAUAGCUUGUUUUAUUUGAUUUGUUUAUUUUGUAUGACAUUUUAUUUAUGCUGUGCAUUAUCUAGUAUUUAGUGACGCGAACUACUUUAUUCAUUUAAUUGUAACGUUUGUUCACAUUUUCACUUUUGUUUUCAGUGUUAAAACUGUUUUCUAUAAAUAAUUCAUGCACUUUUUAGAUUGAUUUUACAACUUUGAGUUGCAUGUAUCUGAAAUAACUUGUUGUCCCCAAUAAAUGAAAUACAUAAAAGAUUCAA